CUCCCCCUCGGAGUCGAGCUCGGGGUCCCGCUCCCGCUCGCGGACGCCGUCUCCGGGCCGCGAGGAGAAGAUCACCUUCAUCACCAGCUUCGGUGGCAGCGAUGAGGAGCCUGCGCCCACCGGCACCACCGGUACCACCGGCACCACCGGCAGAGCCCGCGCGGCACCGGCACCGGGCCACGGCGCCUCAUCCCGGCGCCGCGCGGCGUCGUCGCCAUCAUCAUCAUCAUCGUCGCCGUCGUCGUCGUCGUCUUCCUCAUCCAGCUCCCGCUCCAGCUCCCGCUCCCGCCGCGGUGGUGGAGGGGGGGGGGGUUCCUCGCGGCGCUACGGGCACGGCCGCCGUUAUUCCCGCUCGCGCUCGCGCUCCCGCCGCUAUUCCGGGAACGGGCGCCGCCGCUCCAGGUCCUAUUCCCCGGAGCGGGGCCAUCGCUACGGCUCCCGGCGCCGCUCCAGGAGCCGCUCCCGGCGCCGGCGCCACUGGAGCAGCAGCCGGAGCAGCCGGAGCCGCAGCGAUUCCCGCAGCGCCAGCAGAUCCCAGUCUCCGGAGCGGGACAAGGCUCCGCGCCCCACAGCAUCGCCCGCCGUGGGGGAGAAGCUGAAAAAGCCUGACAGUGCAGCCGGUAAAGAGACGGGAGCUGCCAAACCCAAGCUGACCCCGCAGGAGAAGCUGAGGCUGCGCAUGCAGAAGGCGCUGAACCGGCAGUUUAAAGCUGACAAGAAGGCAGCGCAGGAGAAGAUGCUGCAGCAGGAACACGAGAGACAGGAGCGGGAGGACGAGCUCCGAGCCAUGGCCCGGAAGAUCCGCAUGAAGGAACGGGAACGCCGGGAGAAGGAGCGGGAGGAGUGGGAGCGCCAGUACAGCCGCCAGAGCCGGUCCCCGUCCCCCCGCUACAGUCGGGAAUACAGCUCGUCCCGGAGGCGCUCCCGGUCGCGGUCCCGCAGCCCCCAUUACCGGCACUGAGGGGCCCGAAGGCAAAUAAAGGUGGGAAAUGGGAA